AUGGCUGAAAUAAUCCUUAAACGGCGUAAAGUGGCGGCGGUGCUAAUAGAACCAAAUCCUUUAAUCAUAUUAUUAAUUAUAUCUCUACUAGAAUUAUGUGUGGGGCAGGCAAUUAACAGAGCGCCGCACUUUAUCCCACAAACGGGAGACAUGUCGCAGUUUAGUUUGCCAGAAAAUACACCUGUGGGAACUCCGGUGUAUCAUUUAAAGGGCAUUGAUCCUGAAAAUGGCCCUUUAAGGUAUUCUAUAUCAGGACAAUACUUCAAUGUGGACUCUGCGACUGGAGUUGUGACAUUAGCAAAGUCCUUAGAUCGAGAGGAACAACCUAAAUUAGAGGUCAUUAUUAGCAUUACAGAUGAAGGCACAGAAGACAUGGAACCAGAGACCAACACAGUUUCCCUCAGAAGGGUAAUUCCAAUAAGAGACAUCAAUGACAAUCCUCCCGUGUUUCAUAAUAGACCAUAUAUUGUAAAUAUCAGUGAAGCAACGCCUGUUGGUAGCGAAAUUGAGGUUACUCCCAAAAUAAUCGUUACGGAUAGAGAUGAAGGAGAUAAUGCAAAUAUAAAAGUGAAAUGUUCAGCCAAAGAGAGGGGAAGCGAUUCGGAGGCGUGUUCUGUUUUUAGGAUUGGUACAGAUGUGAUAUCACCAAACAAACAUCAAGUACGAAUAUUCCUAGCCAAACCUCUGGACUUUGAAAGUCGGUCAGCGUAUGUGAUAUCUCUAGAGGCGGAAGACUCUUCAGAAAAGCCCUUGCGUGCCUCGGCUAGUGUGUCGGUUGCAGUACGAGAUGUUCAAGAUCAGCCUCCAGCCUUUCUCAAUGCUCCCUACUCGGCCACUGUCGCUGAAAAUACACCACCGGAAACAAGUAUAAUGGAUAUCAUAGCAAAAGACGGAGACACUGCCAAUCCACGGCCAGUAUUGUUGACACUCGAAGGCGAUAUGCUGCGAUACUUUCGGCUAAGACCCGAAAGGCCAAUCGGUCGCGCUACAUUGGUCACCACGGAUAUACCCGUAGACAGAGAGAGCGAUGUAGUUGUGCAAAAUGGUGGCGUUUACAACUUUUUCGUAAAGGCAACAGAACUGAUAAACAACGAAGUGCCAUCAGACUUCACCGUCUCACCAAUAACAAUCAUCGUGACUGAUGUAGACGAUCAUAUACCUAAAUUUAACAACGACGUUUUCGAUAUUUCGAUACCAGAAAACAUUGAAAACGGCAGUCCGCUGCCUGGACUAUCGAUAUACGUUGAAGAUAACGAUUUAGGACAGAACAGUAAAUACGAUUUGAAACUACGAGAUGUUUUCAACUCAGAAGGAGUAUUUGCAAUAAGCACAGAUCACGGCGAUGGUAGAACACCCAUCAGUAUAAAAGUAAAGGAUUCAUCCAAACUUGAUUACGACAUAGAUGAUGAUGAGAAGAGAUUAUUCAGUUUUGACAUUGUUACCUCAGUUAAUGACAUAGAACUAUCAUCCGCAAGAGUUAAUAUCAAAUUACUAGAUGCAAAUGAUAACGCACCCGUGUUUGAUGAGCCACAGUACAAAUUUAAUGUGCUAGAAAGUGAACCAAUCGGGUACAAAAUAGGCGAUGUCAAAGCGACGGAUAAAGAUUACGGUAUAUAUGGAGAGAUAGAAUACUCUCUCUCUGGGUUCGGUUCGCAUUUAUUUAAGACUGAUAAGAAUAGUGGAGGAUUAUACGUAGCGAAUACAUUGGAUUAUGAAAUACAGAGGAGCUACAGUUUAACGCUCUUUGCCAAAGAUGGCGGCAGGAAGGGAACGACUACUAGUAUAUUUGUGGAAGUUGUAGAUGCUAAUGAUAAUGCACCUAUUUUCGAAGCUUCUGAAUAUAGUCGCACUAUUAGAGACGGUGCCACCACUUUUGAACCACAACUUGUCGUACGAGCCACGGAUCUAGACGGACCGUCACAAGGCGGUGGACGCGUGCGAUAUUCUUUAGAAUCAGAUAACAGCAUUGCUCAUAAGGGACAAGUGUUCACAAUAGAUGAAGAUACCGGAGAGAUUAGUAUUGUGGACAAAGUAGAGACGAUGGACACUCCAAGAGGACAGUACGAGUUGGUCGUUAGAGCUACUGAUUACGGUAAACCACCAAAAUUCAACGAAACAAAAGUAUAUAUAAGAGUAGGAGUCCCAGGCAACCAGCGACCAACGUUCAAAGGAAACUAUCACCAUUACAAGUAUACAGUUAAUCAACGUAUUCCUGACAGCAAUGACGAUUUCACGUUUGAUCUUAAUCCGAUGAACUAUAAAGCUAGUAUACGGGAAGAUGCUGAACCUGGACAAAACGUUACCAGGGUUGUAGCUAACGAUCCUGAUGGUUUGGACGAUCUUUUGACAUAUCAUAUUGUAACUGGCUCUAAAGAUAACUUUGUUAUUAAUGAAAAGACUGGUCUAAUAACCGUUUCCAAUGAUGCAAAUCUUGAUCGAGACAUAAAUCCAGAUCGAUAUGAAAUAAUAGUUUCAGCUGUAGACAGUGGCGUCCCUAUACCAGAAACAGCUACAACCACAGUCUUUGUAACGAUACAGGAUGUUAACGAUAAACCACCGAAAUUCAACGUCACCGAAUCAACCAUAUACAUUUCAGAAAGGACUAAAAUAGAUGAUGUAGUUACUAAAAUAGUCGCUCACGAUUCCGAUUUAAAUGCUAAGCUUAAAUAUAGUCUCAUCGAACCAAUAAAGGCUUUCUCUAAAGCUGGUGUACAGCUUAAGCCUAAUUCAAAUUAUGAUUACAAGAAUAUUUUUAAAAUUAACGAAGAAUCUGGUGAAAUCUUAGUUAACGGUAAAUUAGAUUAUAGUCAAGCGUCUAUUGUUAUAUUAACUGUUAAAGUAACUGACGUCAAUGCUGAAAUAAAUAAAGAUGAACAAUUCGCUGUAACGGAACAAACAAUAUACAUUCAGCCCUAUGCCGAUAAGAAUCCGCAGUUCACCAAUCCGGGCUGGACUAGCUCUAAUCCUGUAAUCCAUCAGAGAGUUAAAGAAGAUCAACCUCUUGGUAGUACCGUGUUGGUACUAAUGGCCGAAGACCCCAUGUCUGGUCACAUGGUGUCUAACUUUAAAGUUAUAAAUUCCCAAACGGGACUAUUACAAGUGGACCCUCUGAGUGGGCAAGUUGUUCUCACGAAACAUUUAGAUUACGAAGAGUUAACAAAUCCAAACUUGACACUAACCGUUCAAGCUACAAGUAACGAUGGUAGCAAACACAGUACAGCUAAAAUAAUCAUUGAAGUUGUUAAUAUAAAUGAUAACGCGCCAAUUUUUGAGAAAGAGAUGUACAAAGUAAGUGUUCUAGAGUCGAUAGUCCACCCGGAACAGAUAAUAACGGUAAAGGCGGUAGACAAGGACGCUGUGCUGACCGAGGAGGACCGCGCCAGUGGGUACGCAGAUGUGCGCUACACCUUGAGGGGGGAUAAUGCAGAACUACUCGCGAUUAACAGUGUUACUGGAGAUAUCAAGGUAGCACCAAAUAAAACAUUAGAUCGUGAACGGCAAUCCGUCUUACGUCUGGAAGUGGAAGCCUUCGACACGCCACAAGGUGGAGGGGAGCGGCUAAAGUCUACUGCGACGGUACUGAUAGAUGUGUUAGAUGUGGAUGACAAUACACCUGCCUUUGACAAGACUGUGUACACUGCUGUAGUACCAGAGAACGUACCGGAAGGGUUUUCAGUGAUCAAACUGACCGCUACUGAUCCAGAUGAGGGUCUCGGCGGAGAAAUAACAUACGAGUUCCUGGAUGAAGGCGAAGCUAAUGGGCUGUUCUCGGUCGGCCCCGCGACGGGCGAGGUGCGCACGCGCGGCCCGCUGACGGGGCGCGGCCGCACGGCGCCCUACCGCCUGCUGGCGGGCGCCGCGGACGGCGGCGGCCACCAGGCGGUGGCGUCGCUGGCGCUGUACGUGGGCGACGUCAGCACCAACGACGGCGUGCCCACCUUCAUUCGGCCCGCGCCCGGGGAGAUCGUCACUGUUAGCGAGAACGCAACAAUAGGCACAGUGGUGUUCCAAGUGGUAGCGAUCGACCCCGACGACCCCACGCAGCCAUCCGGCCAGCUCGUCUACUCGAUACAAGAAACUAACGCUGACGCUAAGGCAUUUGCUAUUGACCCGCACAGCGGCGUGCUGCGCUCGCGCGCGGCGCUGGACCGCGAGCGGCAGGCGCAGUACACGCUGCUGCUGCGCGCCGCGGACGGCGGCCGGCCGCCGCAGCGCGCCGCGCGCGUGCUGGCCGUGCGCGUGGCGGACGUCGACGACCACCGCCCGCGGUUCGGCCGCGCGCUGGAUGAUCCACCAGUAAUUAUAACAACGAUGGAAGAAGUGCCAGUAGGAACCGUGAUCGGAGAGAUCGAAGCAAUUGAUGAAGAUAUUGGAGAAAACGCUGAAAUUGAUUACAUUAUAACAGCGGGAAACGAACUGGAAUUGAUUAAAAUUAAACGCACAAACGACAGCAAGGCGUUAUUAAUCGCAGGUGCUAGGUUGGAUAGAGAAGCCGUGUCCAGGCAACUGCUUACUGUCAAAUGUUUCAAGUACGGCACCGUUCCUAGACUGACCAAGUCGUACAAUAGAUUGGACCUGACAGAAAUCCAAGUCGUGAUCAAGAUACUAGACAUAGACGAUCAUUUACCAGAGUUCGAAAGUUCCAAUAUGACAAUUGGUGUACGUCUCAACGUCCCUGUCGAUACGGUCAUUGCUACUGUCAAAGCCAUAGACAAAGACCCGGACGCCUUGAGUAUAGACUAUAAAAUUAUAAACAUGACGUUUGAGUCGCCCAUAAAGUCGAAAUCAUCUAAUAAUGUCACAGGUGUGAUUGUUAUAAACAAUGCUACUGGAGAAAUGAAGAUAAUGAAGAAUUUGAUUCAUUACGCCGAUGGUAUAUUUAGACUGACUGUACGCGCCAAUAAUUCAAAUGAAACCGGCAGAUAUAGUGACCUUCAUGUUGAAGUUGUGGUGGUGCGUGAACGCGACCUUCUAAGGCUAGUGGUACCUGACGGUCGUUCCCGUCUCGCUGCGUUAAAGGAAGAAAUAUCGAAGAUUCUAGAACCUCGUAAUUUAAAACUGCAAAUUCAUGACGCACCGCAAGCAGCCUUCUAUGAUAAUGAUGGGCCGUGCUUCCAGUUCCGUAAAACAGACACGGGCGAGGCGCUGAGCCCCGCAGCGAUGCGUACAGCCCUGCGCGCAGCGGGCGGCGCGCUGCAGGCGGCGCUGCUGCGGCACGGCGCGCGCGGCGUGGCGGGCUGCGGCGCCCCCCGUACGGCGCAGCACUCGGCGGCGCAGCGCGCGCUGCUGCUGCUCGCCGGCGCGCUGCCGCUCGCGGCGCUGCUCGCGGCCGGCGCGCUGUGCUGGCUGCGCGCCAGAGCCAAGAGCCGCCUACGCGCCGCUGCGCGAGCCGCCGCGCCCACUCGCGCGCCGCGCCUGCUCGCCGAGCCCGCCUACCCCGCGUGA